GCACAGAGCAAUUUUGGAAUUAUCUUAGGUGACAAGAAUUUUAUUGAAAAGGUAGAUGAUGAAAUCAGUAAAAUAAGAGCAUUGUUACAGUCAUGCUUCAUAGAACAGAGAAAUGCCUUGCCUAUUUAGCUACCUGGUUACCUUGUGACCCUCUUCAGCAUUAGAUUUUUGUUAACCCCUGUGGUAGUGCUUUGCUAUUAUUAUUGACUCUCUGUUACUGCCUUACUGCUGCUUUUAUCCCUCUUAGUACCAAUUGACAGUUUUAAGAGAAGAUCUUAUCAGUCAUAUCAGAGUCACCAUUUUCGCUAGGCUACCUAUGUUAUUUGAUAGAGCUUUUCUGCCAGGUCAUCUCACAGAACAUUAAACCGGCUGUAGAAAUCCACCAUUAUAGCUGUCUCUGGUCUAUCAUGGUGGGGGUCAUUUAUGUGAAUCAGAACAUGGUGCUGUAUUCUUAAGGAAUCCUUCAGAAGAUCCUUUAAGGUAUGGUAGGCAGGUAGGACUUUUUUGAGAAAAGUCCAAGAAGGGAGGCAUUAUAUCAGGUGAAUACCUUGCUUGUCUUGAAGUUUUAUAUUUUGACAUAGUUACUACAUUUGCUUUAGGUGCUGCUUUAUGGAUUUCUGGGGUCUUAGGAGAAAACCAUUUUAUAUUCCAAGUUUACGUCUUUCAUGUAGUUAGAAAAAUUUGCAAGAGACUUCCAAAGGGUUGCUUUAAGAGUAAAUACAUGUUUGAAUUUGUUGUGUAUGUACACAUAAACACACCCCUCACACUGUCAUCUCGAGUUAACUUUUAAGCCAUUUGAGUAUGGGAGAUCUAUAAUCCAAUUCCAUCUUUUCAAAGUGAGUAAACAAAAGUUGAGAGACAUUUUGAUUGCCCAGAUUUGCACGAUAUCUUAGAGGAGAGCUAUGAUUAGAAACUGGAAUUCCUAACUACUUCUGCCUUACAGUGUGUAGUGCCUAUUUAGUGACUUAGAAAAACAAAAACAGCUUCUGUAUUCCUGGCAUUAAUCUAAUCUUGUUUAGGACUUUCCAGUUGGGAAUCUUAAUUGUAAGAAACAGAAAUAUACCCCAGCUACCUCAUAUAAAAAGGAGAAUUCAGGGAAGUAAAAUGAAACACAGCUGGUCCUGUGGGAACUGAAAAGCUGACUGAGAUCUCAACUCUCUCAGUCUCUCUCCUCCUCUUCUUUCUCUCCUUCCCUCCCUUUCUUCCUCACCCUCUCUCCUUCUCCCCAAUCCUUCUUUCUCCUUCUCUCCCACUUUGUCUUUCUUUCUCUCACAGGUAACCACAAAGUCUCUCAUCUCAGCUUUGCAGGGUGUAUUUGCUUCAUUUUCAGUUUUUGUCUCAGUUGGUUUCCUGGCUUACUCAUUGGCUUAUCUGUUCCUUAAAAUAGCCACCUCAGCCCCAGAAUGUACAUAUUCUUUUUCAGGUCCAUUGCCCACCAUUGGCUGGCUACAAUUUGUACUUUUUUAAGUUACUGACAGAGAGCCUAGCUCAGAUCACUGAUGAAGUCAGGUCUCACAAGGUAUACAUUGUCUGCUAAACAGUAAGUUGACUUCCUUUGUGUCAUAGAAAGGAAGUUGACUUCCUAGAGAUACCUGGUCUAGACCAUGGUGAGGUUGGGGGAGGGAAACGUAAGUAGGGUAAUAGGAUUCUUAGAGCUGUGGAUGAAAGGAUGGGAUGAGUAGAUGUAACCUGCUUUUUACAUAUGUAACAAUUACUGGCUUUAUAUUUCAAAUAAAAAUUAUUUUGUCUUGUUCACUCCUAAAUAAUUGGAUGGCAAAGACUGAAAAGAUCUUAGCAUGGGACAUCAUAUCCUAUACAUUUGUGCAUUAAGUUCCAUUAAUUGUGAAUGAAUCUCUGAAAUGAUAACUUGAGAUACUUGAUAAUUCUUAUUAUCACUUCUAGACACAUGCUUCUAGGGGCUAUUUCUUUUUAGGUUUUUUUUUUUUUGGGGGGGGGGUCAGUUCUAUUAGAAAAGGAGCCUCCUCCUGAAUUCAUUCAUAUAUUCAUAUUCAUACAUAUCACAGACUGAAUUGUAUUAUGUUCCAGGAAUUUUGGUAGCUAUGAAGAGAUAACGUUGAACAUGAUACCUAAGUUCCGUGCGGUAAAAGAACUUUAAAUUUUGGAAACAGCUAUACCUCUUGCAAUUAAUUAGAGGUCCGACUGUCUUUGUACCUUUGAACCCUUCAGCUACUGCUCAGUCACACCUAUUUAACGUGUCUUCUUUUUACUAGGUUUUUUUCCUAGACCCUGGCAUACAUACAAAUCUCUUCCCACUUAUUCCUAAAACUACUGCAGUGUUGUUCUAUGCUUACUACUCUAUUAUGCUGCUCUCAGUAAAAUCAUCAGUUACCAUUUGUUGUCAAGUCCCCUGGACACUACUGAUAACUUCUUUCUUAUGGAGAUACUGUUAGCUUCUAGGACUCCACUGAGUUAUGGGUUCUUUUUGUCUUUUUAAGCUUGCCUUCUCAGCCCUGGUCAUGGGCUUCAUUUUUCUUUUUCUGCCCUUUAAAAUGUUGAUGUUACCAGUAUUUCAGUUUUGACUUGAUGCUCUCUUCAUGAUCUACUUCAUUCUAAUUUGUAAGAUUACUAUUUGUGUGACAGUAACUUCAAAUUCUGUAUCUGUAGCCAGAGUAUUUCCUUGAAAAUAACUUGUAUUACUAUAUUCAGUUGCUUGCAGAUUAUCUUCACUUGAGGUCUUGUAUAUUACCCUCAACAUGCCCCUUAAUGAACUUGACUUCUUCAUCUACAAAACAAAACAAUAAACAUUCCCCCAACCCUGUUGUCCUCGGUGUUGUUUUGGGUGACUGGUUGUUCAGCCAGUUACUACUGAAGCUUAAAAAGCUAUGAUGAUGGCUCUUUCUCAUGCUCCAUGCAGUUACGCACAAGGUUUAUUGCUUGAGUCAUCCAGAUACUUCUCCAGUCUAUAGACUUUGGUCCAUCCACCCUACCUUUGCCCUGUUUCUGACUUUUAGAUAACAUGACUGUAAUUGCCCUUCAUAGGUUUUUCUGUCUCCAGUUUUGAAAUCUUGCAGGUAGUUGAUAGAAUGGUUUAAACUUGAGUAUCGUGUAUACUUCUUACAGUCUACUUUAUAAAAACAACCUUCACUGGACUCCCCAUGGAAGCGUUUCUUGCUUCAGUGCCUAUUCCUGUCGUCUUUUUAUCAGGUUCCCUGUUCUUCAUCUGACUAUGGCCUGUUACUCUCUGAGACUAAUCUUAGGUAUCACCUGUUUCAGGUUGCUUCCUCUGAUUUGUUGUCCUUUCUCCUCUUCAUGCUGGAUCAGAUCACUUAUUGCCUUGCAAUAGCUGAUGCAUUUCUAUCAUUUUACUUACUGCAUUUUUUUAUAUUUGUAUAUAUGUGAUUCUUUUCACAAGACUGUGAGCUUCUUGAGGCAUGAACAGUGCUUUACUUAUCUUUGAAACCGCAGAACUUGGCUAUGGUGGGCACAUGAUAGAUCUUAGUAAAUGUUUAGUCAAUUAAUGAAAGAAGCUUCCAGUCUAGAAAGGCACAUACAUAUGAAUAACUCUGUAGAAUUAAAAAAGAAAAAUUUAAUGUUUAUUUUUAAGAGAGAGACAGAGUGCAGGCGGGGGAGGGCAGCGAGAGAGGGAGACACAGAAUCCAAAGCAGGCUCUAGGCCCUGAGCCAUCAGCACAGAACCUGAUGCAGGGCUAAAACUCACGAGCCAUGAAAUUAUGACCUGAGCGAAAGUCGGACGCUUGACUGACUGAGCCACCCAGGUGCCCCUGUAGAAUUUUAAAUAGUGCUGUGUAGACAGAGAAUGCAGGGACUGAACAUUCUCUCUAUGGAGAGAGAUGUGCUUGUGAGGGAGGACUUGUUUCAUGGAACAUGUAAGUUUGAGCUGGUACUUGAGGGGAAUUUGAUAGAGAUUCUUGCUAAAGAGGAAAGAUAAUCCAUCCUAAAGGAUACACAGAAGAGAAUGAGUUCUGCUCAUGGAAUAGCCAGGUAUUUCAGAAUCUUUUCAAAGGUCGUUUUGGCAGUAAGGAGGAUAGAAAAGAGGGGAGGCAGAAAUUGUAGUCUUGCAGGCUAUAGUGAAGGUCUUGCCUAAGGCUUUAAUGGUGAAGAGGGGAAGGACCCAAGAGAUAAUUUAGGAUAUAAAAUGUAAUUGGUUGGAUGUGACAGUUCCAAGAGGGGACAGUCCAAGAUAACUCUGAGAUUUAUCUUUUCAGUAAUUGGAUAGGCACUGAUGCUUCUUUUAAGUAAGGGAAUAUAGGAGAUAUUUAAGGUAUGUAAUGAGUUUAAUUUUAGACAUGAUGAAUUUGAGGUACCCAUGAGAACCUUAGGCAGAAAUGUUAAGUAUGCAGUUCAGUGUAAGUUUUAGAAACUCAAGAGGCAUAUGUGGGCUGGAGGCACAGUUCUGAAAGUCACAGACAGUACAUAAGAGGUAGUGAAAAGUGGUGGAUUAGAAAACAAAGUUACUCAGGGAUUGGAUGUAUAGAAGAUUCUAUGACAGUGAAAACAGAAUCCUGGGAAUUGCAGGCUUUUUUUUUUUUUUUUUCUUCUUUUUUUUUUUUUUCUUAAAGAUGAUCAGGGCAUAUGUACAGAGCAGUAUUAAUUUUCCUUGAUCCCUUUACUUAUUUUGAAGGAGAGAGAGAGAGAGAGGGAGGGAGCACAAGUAGGGGAGGGGCAGAGAGAGAGGGAGAGAGAGAAUCCUAAGCAGGCUUUACUCUCUGCACUAAGACCAAUAAUGGGGGUCGAUCCCAGGACUGUGAGAUCAUGACCUGAGCUAAAAUCACCAGUUGGGACACCUAACCUCCUGAGCCACCCCAUCGCCCCUCCUUUUAUCCUUAACCACUUUAACAGAUUUCAGAAGUUUCCUGUUUGUCAUCCCUAUUUGUGAUUUCCUAAUUUUUUUUCCUUCCUUUUUUUUACCAAUUGGAUUCUUCUAGAGACUAUUAGCUUAUUCUUCUUUAAAGUGUUUGUUGUCAGACUAAACUAGGGAAAAGGAAAGGCCUGACUUAGAUAUGUGAAUUCAGGUCUCUUCCAUGAAAUGGGCACAUGCAUUUAUACCUUUGCUUCCACUAAGUAAUAGACUGUUGCCAUUUUUAAAACAUGUUACUCUUGGUUUAUCUUCUGUUUUCCCACUUUUGAUAAUGACAUAGUUAUAGGUCAACAUUUGGCAUCUUUAAAACAGCUGUGAAGUUCUGACGAUAAAUUACAUCUUGGACCCAGAAUCAGAUAAACCUUAGCAGGUGUUGGUACUGUGGCAAUACUGAGGACUUCCUGGCUCAUUUUCAUGGGGGUUAUUGCCACUCAAUUUUAUCUCAUUGUUCCCUUGCAGGCAUGUUAUUCUUUGAUAUCCAAAUUUUCCUUUUUCAAGAAAAGCCUGAAAUUCUGAUUUGUAUGUGAUGUUUUAAAUGUUUAUUAAGAAUUAAAAAAAAAUCAUUUGUUGGCCAAAUAAAACACACCACUUUUUCAUCCCUUUCUCCAACCUUAAAUUGUUUAUAACAAAGAUCAACCAGAGACCGACCAAAGAUCUCAGAAUCACCUACUGAGAUAUUUGAGAUAUAUUUGGUUCUAUUGCAUAUUAGGAUAAGAGAGGAAACUUGACUGGAAGCCACAGAAGACGAUGGUGGAAAAGGAGACAGGUUCAAUCCCUUAGUUUGGAAGAUUGAAUAAUAAUUGGGUCAUGAAGUCAAAUGGGCUGAGACUUACUCCACAUGCAUUACAUCAAGACUCCAAUUCAGUGAUUCCCAGUGUAUGGGCUGUGGGGAUGAGAAGAGGGUCUGCAGCCUAUAACGUAGUUUGUAUCCUGAAUAAACAAAUGCAUAUUAUGAAUGUACCUGCUGUUGUUUUCAAACUGUGUAUAGAGACAAGAUUCUGAAAACUUAUGUUUUAGACAUUCGAGCAUCUACCAUGGUAACUAACUGCUGCAUUAAAUAAUCUUCCCCAUAUUAACUAACUGUGAUUCUUCUUUAAAAAUUUUUUUAAUUGUGAGAUGUAUGAUUCACAUAGAAGAAAUAUUACAUUUAUUCAGUUUAAGGCAAACAGUUGAUUAAGAAAUAGAACCCUACUGAAUAUUUGAGAAGCCUCCUGUGGGUUGUCCUCCAAUUGCAUGCUCCCUUCCUUUAUCUACAGAGGUAGCCAGUUUGCUUCGUUUCAUAUUUUUUUUUUAAAUUUUUUUUAACGUUUAUUUAUUUUUGAGACAGAGAGAGACAGAGCAUGAACAGGGGAGGGGCAGAGAGAGAGGGAGACACAGAAUCGGAAGCAGGCUCCAGGCUCUGAGCCAUCAGCCCAGAGCCCGACGCGGGGCUCGAACUCACGGACCGCGAGAUCGUGACCUGAGCUGAAGUCGGAUGCUUAACCGACUGAGCCACCCAGGCACCCCUGCUUCGUUUCAUUUUAAAACCUCUUAAAAUAUCCAAGCAGUAAGUUGUUUAGUUUUGACAAACUGGCUAGCAAGCAUAAAUCUAACAUUGUAAAGAAAGAAUAAUAUUGUAAAUAUUAGGCCAGAUCUCAAUGGAGAAGGUAGAUUGAUUAAAGUAUUUGGGUCAGAGUCUGGUUUCAGCUUUCCUGAGAGUGUAUGAGAACUCUUUGCAGGGAAUUCAGUGGAUAAGGUUUUGAGUGAAUCUUGGGAAAUAGCAUCUGCUUUCCAUAGUUGGGCCUCUGGCAGUACUGUAGUGUGGAUCAGGUACUGGAUGUUCAGCAGAAGGAUUGGACUGCUUUUGUAUUUUAAAUCCCCAUGGUUUACUUUCAGCUCUUAGAAGUCAGAGACCACUUCUGUAGGUGAAAUAGUUUCCCCAGCUGAUUCAAGGAGGAAAUCAUGAGGUUAGAGCAGAAACUUCAUCAGUGGGUGUUCUGUCCUCUGGUUAAAAAGAUAAUAGUGGCCAGAAUGAGGAAAAAGGAUAAUAAAUACAAACGAACAAGAUUGAAGUAGCCUUAUAUAGAAGAAGAAAUAUUUAAAAUUUCCACAGAGUGACAUUAAAGAGGAUAUGAAUAAAUGGAAAAACAUUACUUGGGGUAGGAAGACUCAUUAUUAUAAAUUAUACUUAAAUAAAUCUUUUCUAAGAUUUCUGUUCAUGUGUCAUCUAGCCGAAAGCUUCUUAUAUAGUCCUAUAUAUAUAACUUAUAUAGCAAUCAUAUGUAAUUGCUUUAUUUUUCUCCCUAGCACUUUUCCCUGGCUGAUAUAACUGUACAUUUAUUUAUUACUUGUUUUUUCCCCUUCUGGAAUGUAAACUUAUGCAAAUGUGUAAAUUUAUGAGAGUAUGCUUAUCUCUCUCUUUUCUAGAAGGUAGCCUUAUGAGGAUAUGUUUUAUUCCUUGUGGUUUCCCCAAGCACCUUCAGCUUAUAGCACAUAAGAAACAUUCAUUGACUGAGGAAUGAAUGAAUAAAUAAAACUGUUCUUUCUCUCAUAAUCCAUAGAACUUACUGUCUAUUCCAGUUUUUUGGUCAUUAAUUUUGUUCACUUUAGCAUCUUAUAAUGCUUUCUAUUAUUUUCUUUUGGUUCAGUGUCUAAUUGUUUCAUUCCUGUAAGACAUUCUUCUCUGUGCUCCUUGAUGGCAGGAAUGGGACAAGUGCAUCCUUUGUAGGCCUCACAGUACAAGGCAAAUGCAUGUAGGAACUUACUGAAUUGAAUACGUUUAUUUAUUCGUAAGGACUUAAAUUGCUAAAAUCCAGUUUGCUUUCAACAAAAGGAGUAUUUUAAAUAUAUAAUACAGUAUAAUUCUAAACAAAACAGGGUUUUUUGUUUAUUUUUAAGGAUUGAGAAUUUUGGAGAUUUUUUUGAGCUCAUGGUGUAUUUUGGUAACUGAAAAUUGGAAGUUGUGCAAUUAUAAUUUUAUAAAUUUCUAUGUAAAUUUGAGUAAAAUUUUCAGUGAGAUGUGGAUUUCUUACCUUGAAAUUUUAAGUUUUAAAAAAUGUUGUUAUACUGUAUUUCUGUUGGAACUUAGUUUUAAGAUGAAAUACUCUAAACAUGUACAACUUUGGAGGCUAUUUAACGUUUUAUAUAUAUGUGUGCAUAUGUAAAUGUUUUUAUAAAUACUUUUUUUAUCAUUUCUCAUGCCAGCAUAUCAUUCAACAGUUUGUGUAAUGAUUGCUUUUGUGCUUUUACAUUGCCACUAGAUUUUUAAAAAAUCAUUGCUGAUGUAGUAUACAUCCCUUUCUACGUAUAGAUUCUGUAUAUUGUUUCUUAGAGAUAAGUCUCCAAGAAUGUAGUUAACAUUUUCAAAAACAAAUUAUGUAACAAAUACUGCAAAUAGUAUUGUAUAUGUUGAAAGGAUGUAAAAGUUUUGUUUUUUUUCUAAUUCAUAUGGAAAUUUAUUUAUUAAAAAUUAUUUUCCUUUUCUUUAUUUCAGACCAGUCUAUCCAUAUGGGGAUGGGGAAGCCUUGGCAUUGUCCUUUCUCUAAUAACCUUUGGACCCUUUGUAAUAUUUUAUUUGGCAUUUUAUAUCCUCUGCUUUGUGGGUGGGUUGUUGAUCUCCAUGAAAUUCCCUGCUAUGGGGUUUUGUGGUUACUCUCCUGUUUGGAAAAACAAACUCAGAGAAGUACCUAGAACAGUGUGAACACUCAUUUCUUCCUCCAACAUCCACUGGGAUUCCUAAGUGCUUAGAAGAAAUGAAACGAGAAGCCAGGACUAUAAAGAUUGAUAGAAGAUUGACAGGUGCCAAUAUAAUUGAUGAACCUCUCCAGCAAGUUAUCCAGUUUUCCUUGAGGGAUUAUGUCCAGUACUGGUAUUAUACACUAAGUGAUGAUGAAUCUUUUCUUCUUGAAAUUAGGCAGACUCUUCAAAAUGCACUCAUUCAGUUUGCUACUAGUUGGUGGACAUGUGGAUUCAUCAGCUGGUGGAUAUGUGGAUUGUUUCCACCUUUUGGAUAUUAUGAAGAAUGGUCAAAAGAAAUAGACUGGCAACCUUAUUUUACUACACGCAUUGUAGAUGAUUUUGGCACACACCUACGAGUAUUCAGAAAGGCUCAACAGAAGAUAACAGAGAAAGAUGAUCAAGCAAAAGGUACAGCAGAAGAUCUUGUGGAUACCUUCUUUGAAGUUGAAGUUGAAAUGGAGAAGGAUGUUUGCCGUGAUCUAGUGUGCACUUCUCCCAAAGAUGAAGAAGGAUUCCUAAGGGAUCUGUGUGAGGUCUUACUAUAUUUAUUGCUACCUCCUGGAGAUUUCCAGAACAAGAUCAUGCGAUACUUUGUCAGGGAAAUCCUUGCACGAGGAGUUCUUCUUCCAUUAAUAAAUCAACUCAGUGAUCCUGAUUAUAUUAAUCAAUAUAUCAUAUGGAUGAUCCGUGAUUCUAAUUGCAACUAUGAGGCCUUUAUGAACAUUAUUAAAUUGAGUGACAAUAUUGGAGAGCUAGAAGCAGUCAGAGAUAAGGCAGUAGAAGAAUUACAGUAUCUUCGAUCUCUAGAUACGGUUGGUGAUGAUAUCAACACUAUCAAAAAUCAAAUAAAUAGCUUAUUGUUUGUAAAAAAAGUAUGUGACUCAAGAAUACAGCGGUUACAGUCAGGCAAAGAAAUAAAUACUGUGAAACUGGCAGCAAACUUUGGGAAACUUUGCACAGUCCCCUUGGACAGCAUUCUUGUAGACAAUGUUGCACUACAGUUUUUUAUGGAUUACAUGCAGCAAACUGGAGGUCAAGCACACCUCUUCUUCUGGAUGACAGUGGAAGGAUACCGAGUUACAGCCCAACAGCAACUAGAAGUUUUAUUAAGUCGUCAGAAGGAUGGAAAACAUCAAACUAACCAAACCAAAGGUCUUCUAAGAGCAGCUGCUGUUGGAAUAUAUGAACAGUAUUUAUCAGAAAAGGCAUCUCCAAGAGUUACUGUUGAUGAUUAUUUGGUAGCAAAAUUAGCAGAUACUUUGAAUCAUGAAGAUCCAACCCCUGAAAUCUUUGAUGACAUUCAAAGGAAGGUUUAUGAAUUGAUGCUACGAGAUGAAAGAUUUUAUCCUUCCUUCAGACAGAAUGCACUUUAUGUGCGCAUGUUAGCCGAGCUGGAUAUGUUAAAAGAUCCUAGUUUCAGAGGAUCAGAUGAUGGUGAUGGAGAAUCUUUUAAUGGGUCUCCUACAGGAAGCAUAAAUUUGUCGUUAGAUGACCUUUCAAAUGUAUCUUCUGAUGACUCAGUACAACUUCAUGCUUACAUUUCAGACACUGGCGUUUGUAAUGAUCAUGGCAAGACGUACGCGUUAUAUGCUAUCACUGUUCACCGGCGUGGUCUUAACAGCGAGGAGAUGUGGAAAACCUAUCGCCGUUACAGCGACUUUCAUGACUUCCACAUGAGGAUCACUGAACAGUUUGAAAAUCUGUCAAGCAUAUUGAAGCUUCCUGGUAAAAAGACGUUUAAUAAUAUGGAUAGAGAUUUUUUAGAAAAGAGAAAAAAGGAUCUAAAUGCAUAUUUGCAGUUACUACUAACUCCUGAAAUGAUGAAAGCAUCCCCAGCUUUGGCUCACUAUGUGUAUGAUUUCCUUGAGAACAAAGCCUACAGUAAAGGGAAAGGGGAUUUUGCUCGCAAGAUGGACACUUUUGUAAAUCCACUUCGAAAUUCUAUGAGGAAUGUUUCAAAUGCAGUUAAAUCCCUCCCUGAUAGCUUGGCAGAGGGAAUGACUAAAAUGUCAGACAACAUGGGCAAAAUGUCAGAAAGAUUAGGCCAAGACAUAAAGCAAUCAUUUUUCAAGGUGCCUCCUUUAAUUCCGAAGACUGAUUCAGAUCCUGAACAUUGUCGGGUCUCAGCUCAACUUGAUGAUACUGUGGAUGACAAUAUUCCACUUAGAGUAAUGCUGCUUCUUAUGGAUGAAGUGUUUGACUUAAAAGAGAGGAAUCAGUGGUUGCGAAGGAAUAUCAAAAACCUACUUCAGCAGCUUAUUAGAGCCACUUAUGGUGAUACUAUUAACAGAAAAAUAGUUGACCAUGUUGAUUGGAUGACCUCACCUGAGCAAGUAGCGGACUUAGUGAAACGUUUCAGAGAUGCCUUUUGGCCAAAUGGCAUUUUAGCAGAGACUGUUCCAUGCAGAGAUAAAGCUAUUCGAAUGAGAACAAGAGUUGCAGGAAAAACUAAAUUACUUUCAAUUAUGCCAGAUGAACUGAAGCACAUUAUUGGGGCUGAGACAACACGAAAAGGUAUUCUUCGUGUUUUUGAAAUGUUUCAGCACAACCAGUUAAAUAGGAGAAUGGUUUAUGUCUUCCUGGAAGGCUUUUUGGAAACCUUAUUUCCACAGUAUAAAUUUCGUGAACUUUUCAACAAACUGCAUUCACGGUCAAAGCAGAUACAGAAAUAUAAACAGAAACUUCAGACUACUCAAGCGCCUUCUUUACAGAAAAGGUGACACUCCAAUCUAUGAAGCUGGUGUUCAUUUUGUCCAAGACUAAUAAUAUGGACAGAUCUUCUGGGGCUUAACUCAUAUACUGUUGUGUCGCACCAGUCUUUCAGUGUCUCAAAAUAGAUUAUUAAUACAUCCAUAGGACUGUGGUUCUUCUCAUCCUCGUCUGUAAUCCAGCCACUACCAAGAGAGAUUUCUGUGUCUUAAAUGAUUUGGUGCAUAUUUUUGCAGCAUUGAGAGGAUACUGCCCCCUUCUCAAGCAAGAAUGACGUUGGUCUCUUCCAUUUCAGCCUAAUCAGCAUUUUCCAGCAAUGACAAAGUGCCAGAAUGUAUAUACGAAAGCUAAGGAAAGCACAAAACAAUGGUUCACAGAUAAACUGGCUAAUUUGUUUAACACUGGGAAACUGAGCAGUGUAUGACUUGGAGGGAUUUGUUUUUUGCAUAAUAAUUUUAUAGGUCUUUAUCAGAAUUUUGAUAUAAUGUGGAUUAGCCAGGCGAAUGAUCUUUGCAACAUCUGCUUCAGGUCUGGGGAAAGUGACAGGAUGCCCUUAAAGUAUGAAGUAACCUUAUAUCCUAAUCACAGUUUUGUGACAUAAAACCAAUCAAAACCAGAAUUUGAUUGGAUUUGUUAUUCAUUGGUAUAAAACAAAUUUUAAUUGAUUCUUAUGUGCUUUGGGGCUCUAUUUUGCUCUUAUGGUACUCAACCAUAAAUUUUCUUCUGGUAUUCUGUGUGCAAAAUAAGCAUAUAGUGGCAUUCUCACUUAAGUUUCAAAAUUAUUACAGGUUUCUUUAUCUUUAAGAGAUUACGGAUUAUACAAUAGGGAGUAUAAUCUCUUGAAAGAACUGCCAAAUACAUUGUUGUUUUAAAAAAUAUGGAAAUUAAAAAAAACACACUCUUGAAAGUUACAAUAUGAUAAUUUUAAAUUGUGUGAUCUAGACAUACCUUAGGCGAUUGCAAAAGUAGCAAAUCAAAGGAUUAAAUGAGCUUAGUAGUCAUAUGUAAACAUACAAAUUCUUAAUUCUAUUACUGUGUAUAUAUGAAAAUAAAUAAUGAAAACAGAACUAUAAUAUUUUUUAAAAUAUGCUUUUAUUUAUAUUUUGCAUAAUGUAAAAUUCUACUAAAUAAAGCGAGUUGGCAAAACCCCUGGGUGUAUACAUUUAAAUCCCUAAAAUAAUUUUAUACCAACAACAACAAAUUACCUUUUCCAGUUUUGGAGCCUCUGCAUUUCUUAUAGUUUCUCGUUCUCCAUUUGUCCAUCUUGGAAGUCUUCAUAUCCCUUGUAUGCAGGAUUUCUGCAUAGUUUUAAAUACUUACACUGACUAAGGGUUUGGGUAUGUCAGCAUUUUUUGUUUUAAAAAUACUUAACACUACAACCUUAAAAUAGUGAAGCUACUCAUCAGACCACUGAGCCAAGAUCCUGGUAUUAAAAGAACGUCUGGGUGCUUAAGAUAAAGGGACAGAGUAUCAGUAUCCCAGUUAUUUGGGAGCUUUAAGAUUGGAACAAGAUGUUACUGUCUUGUUUUCACUGAGGUCCUACUUACAGAGUGAAGCCUAAUAACAGAAUAAAGCCUUCCUUUAAAGCUUUAUAAUAAUAAUCAUAUUUAUUAAUGAUGCUGUUGUGCAUACUUACAGUAUGCAUAUAUUCAGUAUGUGUUGCAUGUCUAAAGAAUUACAUAAAUGAAAUCCCUUUCAUUGCAACUUGGAAAUGAGAAAAGAUCCUUAUUGACUCUGGUGGAAGAAAUAGUAUUUUUUCUUCUCAUUGUGUCUCCCUGCUGAGGUCCCUCCCGAUGCCCCAGGCUUUCAAAGUGAGGAUUUGUGAAACACGUCUGUGGGAUGCAUCGGCAUGGCCACAAGUGCAAUGAUUUUCAAAUAUACCCUUGCCCAUUUCAAGUAUAUUUUUGACAUAAAUAAGUCUAAGAGUAAACAAGAAUUCAUGUAAGAGCCUAGUGUGUACCUGUGAAAAGCAUUUCCAGAUAAUGUGAGGAAUGUUGGCCAUCAACCAGGGAAAGAAAGGUCGUGCAAAAUGGCAACUUUUCAUAACAGAGCCCUGCAAGGUAACUGCAGUCAUACCAAAAACUAUAUGAGUAAGUGGGUUUUUAAAACAAUUUUUGUUGAAAGAGUUUAUAUUUCAGAAGCAGAAAUGUCAAAUGGUAGAGUCUAUGUAAAUGGCUGUGCGUCUUCUCCACGCACAUCUGUGUUUUUACAUCAGAGAGAGCUGUGGUCAUGCUAAAAUUAGAGAUACGUUUUAAUGACUUGGUCAAGCUGUAUGUAAAAUAUUUAAUCCAUGUCAAGUACAGUGUACUACAUUUAAUAAAGUUAUUACAUUUAAUGCAUUUAUUGCAUAUAUAAAUAUAUACCUGAAGAGGCUUUAAGUCUUCGGAUAUUUGAUUUUUGAAUGUGUUUUUAAGUCAGUGGUGCCUUUAGGCAAGAACCUUCAAAAUUAAUCAUAUUUUGUUUGGGUUUUCUGAUUUUUCAGGUAACAUAUAAACUAUUUAGAAACCGUCACUACUAACUUCUAGUUUAUUCACCUAAAAAUUGAUUGUAUGAUUUAAAUAUAGUGCUUAGCUGGGCAUUUCCUACGAUUAGGGUGUUCUGAAUAGUUGCUGAAAAAUUGUGCCAUUGACCAAUGGAUGCACUUGGUUAGCCUUAAUUUUUUUGUUAAAAAAAAAGUUAAAAACUUUCUUGUAUAUUUCAGUUCGCUCAUUUUAAGUUUGUGCUGCUGGUGUUUGGGGGAAAAUCAGUUAAGUGCUACCAGAAAGUGUAUCAAUUUUUUAAAAAUUAAGAACAAUAUAAAUUUCACAAUUUAAAAUUUUAAUUUUGUGCAAUAUUUUCAUUUAAUGCAUGUGUAUUUGAGUAAUUGUAAAAUAAAUGAAUUUUUAAUGUUUUGAGAUCUAGUUUAAACUGUUUCUUAACCCAACAACUUACAUUCCGUUGUUGCUGCAUCCUUUUAUUUAAGGACUUGUUUUAAAAGUCUUUUUUGUCACUCCUUGUAAAAUUAUUUUGUUAUUAGUAAAUUUUGCUUAUAGGAGCAUGGCUCCUGUACUACAAGGGAAGAAUAUAAAGAGCACAUCUUAGUAUUAUAGUUGUUAAAAGAUAACUUGUGCAUAUCAUUGUACAGUAAAUGUCAACUGUGUGCCUAACCUAUCAAUACUUUCCUUCUUUAACAAAGAAGAAACAACAAUCAGAAUGUCAGUUAUUUUUAUUGAACUAAAAGGAAGAUUAAAGUUUUUAUUUGGUUUGCGUUAUGUUCUGUCCAUUAGAAAAUACUAAUAAAGUAUUAACAAACCUUUUUGUUGAAUUUAUUUAGUAAUGUUGUAUUUUUAUUACUUAAAAAAAAAAAUGCUUGUUCAGUGGUCUUUUAGUGUCUGUGUAUAUUUUCCUUUCUUUUCAUUUUAGCAACCAGGCAGUUCAAGUUCCAGAUUGAUAGAAGAGCUGUUGAGUGAUUACCGACAACUAAUUGAAUUUAAUAUUUCCAUUUUAUGGGGCAAGUAAUUUACUACCAUAAUGUUAAGGAAACUUCAUACAAAAUUAGAAAGUCAUUUCCUCAUUGAGAAAGAUCUAUAAUAAAUAAUCCAUUAACAGUUUUUAUUUGAUCUCAUUUUUAAUUCAUAGUCUUCCUAAUAUUUUAGAUGUUUCAGUUCUAAAGGCAAUAGACUCAGUACUCAACGUGGCUGUGUCUGGGUGGUCAUAAUAUUCUUAGUCUUCUUAUAUCUGUAUAGACUUCUCAGACAUCAACUGUGAGUACUUUUACCCUACUAGGGACAGGCAUAGUAUUUGUUAAAGUGCACACUGUAAAAUAUUGGUCCCCUUUACAAUGUUUCUGAGCAGUAAUGUACUUCUAUGUAACUUAUGCAAGUCUACAUACUAUUCAAAACCCUAAAAUGUUCCUUUACAAUCCAAGUGAUACUAUCAAAGUUUCUGAAAAUUUCUGUAAUAAAUGAGUCUGUUUAAUUUUGUUUACCUAACUUCCCAAACUUAACCACAGAAUUUUUUGUCAUAUGCACCUUAAUUAAUAGCUUGAGGAUAAUGUUCCCAAGGAACAUGAUUUGAGAAAUCGUAGAUGGGGAGGAAAAAAAGGUGAAGCAUCUUUAAUUAGGGAAUAUAAACUCUAGACAGAAAAACCAGUGGACUUGGGCCACAAAGUUUUAUUUGUAGCCUAUCAUUCCAAUGGAAAGUUGAAUCUUUGGAAGAUAAAGGAGAAUAUGAAAAAUUAACAGGUUGUUAAAUAGCAGCUUUAGAGUUUAAUUCGACCCUGGGUACCAGAAUAAUGAACUCAGUAAGGG